AUGGUAGAAAUGAAGCAAGACGACACUUACUAUCAAGCUCUAGUAGCCUUUGGGGAGAUUGAGGCGGAUCUAGAAGAGGAUCCAGAAGAAAACCCAGAGGGGAGACCGGAAGAAUAUAUGGAGAGUGACACAGACCAUAUACGCUCUGUUGAGGAUAAAAUAAUCAGUCUCAAGCGUCAACUCUUUGCAGCCGAAGCUAGGGUCAUUCGAGCCGAGCGAAGAGAAGAGGUGAACGAACUCGCUAAACUUCUAAUACGUCAGCUCGACGAUUGA